GGGUUUUUUUAUUUGAACCAACUGUAAACAUUGCAGACAUUACUUUUUAUUAUCUGAAUAUUGAUAUAUUCUGAAGCUUUUAGACUUUCUAUAUACUUGCAUCUUGUUUGAGCAAUUGUUUUUAAACUAUUUAAAGCAAUAACAAUGUCCGAAGAAUCAACAGUAGAUCUUAAGGCAGGGCAUCCUCCUGCAACUAAGGUUGGCGGCAUGCGUGUGGUGCAGCACAAGAAAGAGGGAGAAAAAAAUGAACCCCCUGCAAUGACCCCUGAAGAGGAAGCUGAAUUCGGCUCAUCUAGUCCCCCCAAGACGGACAAGCACCAUCAAGCACUUCUAGUAUCUGGUGUUGUUACCAAGGGUGACAAGGACUUCACUGUUCAGGCUGUUAAAAGUUUCCAUGAAAAACCCCUGCCUCAGCAUGACAGCAGACCUCGCCCUUCCCAGAUCACCCAAAAAAUUCAACAGCCCAAGUGAAAGGGUUCCAGGUUCAACAUGAAUCGGUUCGACUGAAUGGAUCCUCCACUGAAUCUGAAACCAUUUUCAUUAAUGGGGCAGUUUCUUUGAUUCAGAUGUUUUCCUUUCAACUAGUGUUAAUGCUUUUAUUUUGUAAUCUUUAACUGUGAAUGUGUUGGUGUCAUAAUAUAUUUUGUUUGAAUCUAUACUCAGACACUUCAAAAGCUUGUUUCACAUGUUUUUAUGUGAUUGAGCAAUACUUAUAAAUGUGUUAUUGUUAUUGUCUUAACGAGGCCAGAAGCUCUAUGUUCACCUUUUUUUUUUCUAAGUUGCAAGACCGAAACAAUGGAGAAAAAUGUUUUUUGUUUCUGUUGAGAUAGUUUCUGUUGAAGAUUGUGUCUUUUAAAACUCGCUGCAUUUGGUGAAGGAACUGUAGUAGUUAGGAAUGUUGAUUUGUCUCUGCCUUAGCUGAUUUUAUAUGUUGAUAUAUUAUAUCAAUGUUCUUAAUGUUUAUGUGCAUUUAGAUUGCUUUUAUUUGUAACAAAUUUAAAAAUGUCAAAUUGUUUUUGAUAGUUUUGUGUUUUUGAUUGAAAAUUGAGAUCUAAAUAAAUAAUUUUUUCUGAGUCAAAAUUAAUAAACAACGGUAUAAAAAGUAAAUGAGUUCAGUUUAAAAAACGUACAUACAUUACUGACUAGCAAGAUAAACUACUGGUACAAUUAAAUCUAUUGCAAAACACAAUUACUGUUCUUCACUAGGUGAAGUUUAAAAAUAUGUAUGUAUCAAUUUACAGCAUUAUAAUGUAUUUUGUUUGGUUGAUUAAAAUGUAAAACCUUA